AGAAGGACCAGAAGAAGAACGUCCUCCCACGCGCUGCACUGCGUCGAGUGCCGUCGCGUAUCGGCCUGCAAGCUGUCCUCAAUCCUUUCCGUGCUGACUCACUGUGAGCUGGCCACCAGAACAGCCCGAUGCCGGUGCGCAUUUCGGAAAGCAAUCGGCGCGGUGAGAAGGCCUGGAUGCUGCUGGUGCACAUUCUGCGAUGCGCGGCUCCGCCCAUCUGCUUCAGCCCGAUCCUGCUGCUGCACGACACGAAAUCUGGGAGCGCGUACUGCCUGCUGGUGGUGCUCAGCAUGUGGCUGCUGCGGCUACUUCCGCUUCCGGUGGCGACAUGUCUGCUCUCGCUGCUGCUGUUUUCGCUGAUUGGCGUUCGCACGCAGGACGACAACGCCACCCAAGCAUUCGGGGUUGAGUCGGUGCUGCUCAUCGCGUGCUUCUCGCUGUUCAUGGCCGCCGACUCGACGACCUUGUCUCUGCGCACGGCACUGUGGCUCCUGGGCGUAUCUGGGGCCCGCUUGCGCCCCCUGGUGGUCGUCUUCAUGACGGCCUCCUUCCUGGGCGCCCUGGUCCUCCCCGACUUCCUGGUGGCCCUGGUGCUCAGCUCGGUGCUCGAGAAGGCCGUGCUCCACCUGAGGUGCAAGUUCGUCUCGCAGCAGUUCCGAUCGUCGAGCCAGGCAAAGCUCCAAAAUCGCCGGGCCACUCUGUCACCGGUCCACUACGAACGCCUUGUGCAAGAGAUGGACAGCAUCCUGCAACGAAAGAUCCAAUCCUCACCACCGCAGAGUGAUCGGGAUAGUCCCACGAAGUCCGCCUCCACCGCGCCCACACGCAGUCGAAGCGAGCGCGUCACUCUGCGCAAGAUGGCGUCCGUCAUGGCGGACAUCUGCGGCAGAUUUACGUGCGGCGCUGCGUGGGCUGCGCUGAAGGGCCAGAGCAGCUCGCCUGAUCAGUCACCCAACCAGACUCCGCCGAAAAGCAGCGAUGAACCGCCGACGUUGUUGACUCUGUCGAUGCCUCCGGAGUCCACCAGGUCGGGGUCCUCGCCUUCCACGUCGACGACGCCACCUCCUUUCGUGCAGCAACAGCCGCCGAUCGGCGGCUUGUUUCGCAAAGGCAGCCCUGGCGCUCUGCACUCACCGCCGUCGUCGCCAUCUCGCGGGAAGAUACGAAACUCGGGGCCGCUCUCCGUGCAGUCGCCCGUCGUCACCGAGCGUCUGUCGGACCCAGCGUUCCGGAGGACGGAGCGGUCCAGUACGGGUGAGCUGCAGCGCAGGAAAAUCUUGCCCGAUCCCUGGGACCCGAGCCGUCCCUCUGCCAGGAGGUCCUCCCUGGUGAGUCCGGGCCGAGUCCGACCCGGAGGCAGCUUACUGGGCCGGGGCUCCAGCGUCGUGUUUCCCGCCGAAGUGGGUCCCGAGGAGCGCGAGUCGGGAAGCGUCACCGCCGAGAACUUGGCGCCUCACUGGCGCCGGGGACAGCGACUUUCCGCCAUCCAGCAGAUGAACUUCGGCGACACGGCCGACUCUCGGAGUUCCAGGAAAGUGCUCGUGCCUUGGAACUACUCCCGCGAUGACCCGACGCGCAGCUCGUCUCGUAAGCCAAACUAUGCUUUGAUUGAUUGA